AUGAGUUCCAUUUAUGAUAUGGAAGACAAGGAAUUAGAGAGAUCCAAAAUUCAGAUAGAAACGGGAAGGAAACUAAGAGCUAAUGGUGAAGGACUAAAUCAAUCUUUUUUGAGCAUGUUCAAAGCAAUUACUACAUUGACGGCUAUCAAAGUAAAAAAUAAAAGCUGCUGUUCAGACGUUCAUCUCCAACUAGCUAUUGCUUGUAUCUUACGUUUUCUCUAUGCCCAUUAUACAAAACCUCAGUCAAAUGUUAUUUUGUCGAGAAGUUCCUUUGCUUUAUUCCAGGGCUAUUUGGAAACCAGAUUCUUUGAUGUGGUGAUCCAGUUGUAUGAAUCUAAAAACAUUCCUCUAGAGAAGAUGGCUAUACUGUGGAAAAAUAAAAGGCUUAAUCAUGCCUUUUGUUCUUCACCCAUACAUGAAGUGCUUAGAAGAAGUUUUUAUAAGCACUAUGGUGAACGUUCUGAGUCGGGUAGUUUAGAAAAAACUUGUAUGGCCGAAGUAACUGGGUUUAAUUGCAUGGACGAUCAGAUAAAGCAAGCUGCUUUUAGUUUGAUUUCCAGUACUCCUGAAGUUGAUGGGUCGAAGUUUCUUGCAUCCUAUCUUUACUAUGCCUUGUCUGAAAGUCUAGUUUCAACUGGAAAAUUAAUUGAGCAUUUCCCAUAA